AUGAUGGGCCGAUGGACCACCCAUGCCAUCCAGCCCUGUCUGCCGGAAUGGGUGGACAGGAGGGGACGAGGACUCGGGUUCCACCUGACGCAGGCACUCACCGGGCAUGGGUGCUUCGGUGACUACCUGUGCAGGAUCGGCAAGGAGCACACGACGAAGUGCCACCACUGUGCGGCCGGUCGGGACUCGGCGCAGCACACCCUCACGGAGUGUGAGGCGUGGUCGGGGGUGCGCCGGGCCCUGACCGCAGUGGUUGGCGAGAACCUCUCCCUUCCGGCAUUAGUCCGGACGAUGCUGGAAGGGAAGGAUAAUUGGAAGGCCGUCUCCGAUUUCUGCGACGUUGUAAUGUUGCGGAAAGAAGAGGCGGAACGUGUUAAAAGAGAGGAGAUGGAGGAGGUGGAUGCUAUCCCACUCCUCUCUCUUCCUCUCCCCUCUCAGAGGAGAACCUCAGGGACCUCUCAGGCUGUGAUGGUGGUGGUGGCAAGUUUGUUCACCACCGUCUGA